ACGUGCCGACCACACGCGUUCGCCGAUCGAGGUUUCCGUCGCACCGGAACCGAGCGGAUUUCGCGCCGCACACGGAAUCAACCGUCCCCGAUUCAAUACUAUCGUUUCCGGUGACUUUCAUUACCGCGGAGUUUCUGGCUUCCGAAAUUCCCGAAAAUUCUGUCAGGUCGAAUACAAUUGUCGUUUUCACGCGAAAAAAAUAAAUCCGAGAUCGUCUCGCCGCCGCGCGACGAGUCGACGGCGUACGUUCGUCGUCCGUUGUCUAUGAACGAUUACCAAGUGUGGUAAUAUAGGAGCGGAUCGACAGAGGUACGCGCAGCCACGACGAGCGUCGACCAUGCGUACCGCCGCGCUGACCGCGGUCGCGGUGUUGGCCUGCUGUCGGCCACCGCUACCGGCCGUUCGGGCCGCGUGCUUGCACACGGCCAGAGACCUGCAGGCCCAGGCCCGCGCAUCCGAGGUGGUGGUCAAGGCGCUGGCUAUGCGCGUGUGGCCGGAACCUGAUGGGCUGGUGGGCGGCCACUUUGCGGUCAUGGCAGUCUACAAGGGCGCCCGAGCCGUGAAAAACGUAUUACGCGUCGGCGGCACCGACUUGUUCAAUAUGCACGACAAGAGAAUGAACGUGACGGGAUUUUGGAACGAUUUAUCAGAUGACGGGCACAGGGCGUGCGGGGCCAGGGUGACUGUGGGCACGUAUUAUGUGCUAUUUGCAGACGUCGUGCACGGCCGAUUUGUAGCCAAAGACAGACAAGGCGCGUUGGUCGAGUGGACAGACGGCAAUGAAAGGGCCGUGUGGCACGGACUUGGAUGGGGUGACUGGAGUGAUUGGUCGGCGUGCAACGUGUCAUGUGAUACUGGACUGCAGUAUCGGUUUCGACGUUGUCUAAAGUGUGGGCAGGGACACAACAAGGAAAUACGAAAGUGCAACGACUUUUCAUGUGACGGGGUUACAGAACUGGUUGCGCCAGGUGACCACGUGCGUACCGUCGGUGGUAAGCUAAACGGUAGCGAAAAUGGGUUCAGUCUUCUCAACACAGACGGCUUCUCGAACUCAUUCUCAUUACUGAUUACGCUGAGAGUACAACCAAAAGUGGACUUUGGUACUGUUUUUCGUUUGUCUUCAUCGGCAGAACCAUUGAAAAUCAUAACGCUUGAAGUCAGUGGUCCAGAUCUAUUACGAGUUUCUGUUAACACGAGGCAGUCGAAUAGGUCAGUGCUGAUCGCUGCAGUUUUAGCCGAUGGAAUUACUCAUCAGCUAGGGUUGGGAUUUCAAGAAGAUGAAAUCAUAGCGUAUUUGGACUGCAGAUGGGUUACGACUGAGACGUUGAUGCAAAAUUCAUAUGCCUCAUCUCCAGAAUAUUAUGACAUGGACGUCUUUGAGGAAUCGUUAACGGCGGAUUUGGUGCAAAUGAUCGUCGUACCGGACCCAACAGCCGUUUCAGACCAGUGCACCGUGUUUCGGAUAGCCGUGCUGGACACAGAGAUUGUCAAAACCAAAAUAAGAGAUAAAUCUCAACGCAGUACCAAUGGGAUUAUUAACGGUGAACAUGAAAUUAAAAGAACUAUUUCCAAACACUCGGAGUCCGUUUAAUGAGACUCGAGGAUGGACCUCGACCGGAGACUGAACGAAGAAUACGUCGACGUAUCAACACAAGCGUGUGUAUACACUAUACAAUUAUGUGUAUACAUUAUUACAAAUAUUGUUACAAUUUGAUAAUAAUAAUAUGUUGGUGUUGUAAAAAAAAAAAAAAUAUUCGAUAAUUAUAAAUAAUCAUAAACGCAUUAUUGUUCAAAAUCCCUGGAAGCAUAUAGGUACACAAUAAGUAUGAUGUCAAUGUAUAAUGAAUUAUUAUUUUAUUAUAAUAUUGUAAUAAUCGAAUAAUCGAAGGCUUUUUUUUAUGAAAUCAAAUCGUCCUCGGAACGCAACGGAGUUGAAUACCGACGUGAUUUUAUCUUUAUAUUGUAGUGAUAAUAAUAAAAAUAAAAAUAUUUAUUUGAUGUCUGUACAUAAUAAUUAUAUUACUAAAAUACGAUAAUAUUAUAUGCACGUUCACAGUUGUAUGUGUUCGUGCUUGUUGUGUAUAACACGCAAACAAUGUUUUAUUGUAAUAAUUUUAAUACCAUAAUCACCUAUUGAAACGAUAAGCUUUUAAUCAACGAACUUCCUCUUUUCGCGCACAAUCUCGUUUUCGCGGUACAUUGUAUAAUAUAAUAGAAUAUACAACAAUAACAACACUUGGAACUCGAUCGGAAUAUGCGAUUCCGAAAAUAUCAUGUACGCCUUGUAUACAAUGUUCGUGCGAAAUUGAUUAUGAAAAAUACCAGUUUCAAAAAAAUCAUAUUAUGACAUUAUAAAGGCGCGUAAAAAAAAAAAAUACGACCAUUAUACGUUGUCAAGGUGUUUGUGUUUUAAUCGCUGUACCAGCGACAUGUACAUAGUAUUAUAUUAUACUGAAUUGUAAUAUAUACUAUUAUAACUAUAUGUAUAGUUUACUUUAAUAUCGUUUUAGUUCUUAUGUCGUGUACAACUAUUACAAUGAUAAUUACGUAUAUAUUAAGUGUAAAAUGUAAAUAAUAUUGUCGUCACACAAAAAAAAAAUGUAUCAAUGAGGACGAAAUCAAAAAAUUCGCGGAUCGUGUGCGCACUUACUGGUAGCGCUCAAAAUUAUGUCACUACACUAGUAUGUUAUAUUAUAUAAUAUAUUAUUAUACUUAACUUUUUGUAAUUUUUUUUUUUUUUUUUUUUUUAAUGUUAAGUAACAACGACAACGAUUAACUUACAAGCGACUCCGAACCACCCAACGGAUAGAUUUUAACGAGUUUGUUUUUAUUAUUUUAUUCUCAUCAUAAAUACUUUAAAAUGUUUCGAUAUUUAUUAUUAUUAUUAUUAUUCUUAUUAUUUUUUUUUAUUUUUUUUGUUCCGUGAUUGAAAGGCUGACUUUAUAUAAUAUUGUUGUUCUUAUAAACACUAAACAGUGUGUACGUAUAAUUUGUUUUUUUUUUCAUUAUUAUUGUUUGAAUCCGACAGUUUCAGUCAAAUCCGACGGCUUAACGGCUUUUUAUCGAUUUAAAACAGUUUAUUGUAACUUCCGAAGUAGUUUUUAAAUGCCUCGCUCCUACUUCGUGUAUGGGAAAGAAAAUCUGAAAUUGUUUAAAUCUUCCUACGACCAAUGAAGUGUUUUACCUCAACAAGUGGUUUCAAUCAAGGGCUCUAAUGUUUUAUUUUUGAUUUGUCAACAUUAUACAUUAUUAAUACAUUAUACAGUUAUUGACCGCGUGUAUACCAAUAAAAUAUACCUUAAAAUCUAGACCUGAUUAAAUUAGAAAACAAUUUUCAAAUUGUAAUACGCAAUAAAGAUUAUUGUUAUUGGUGUGUUCAUAAUAUUAUUAUAUAAUUAUAGUUUAUAAAAAAUCGGGUAGUCACUGCCGUUCCCCUUGUUUGUGUAUAAAAUCGAUUGAGUGUUAUUAUGCCGUACGAUUGUAUUGCAAUAGUUUUAGUAGAAAUGUUUAUAUGUUUUUGUGUACACGAUAAAAAAUAAUAAUAAUAAUAAA